ACACACACACACAUAUAUAUAUAUAUCCAUCUACUGUUUAUUUGCAGUUUCUAUGCUUUCAAGUAUAUUUUGCUCAGAUAUGGAUUUAACUUGGAGGAACCGUUUCGGAUUUUGAAUCUGAAUGUCCUUUCAUCUACGAGAUUCGUAACUGGAAAGUUCCGCCUUCUGCUUUUUAAAAAAAUAAAUAAAAAAUAGAGGAAAUUUUACCUGUACAUAUUUGUAUUUUGUGUAAAAUCUUUGCAUGCUUUGGCUUUGUUGAAUUUGCGAUUGUGUGGAAGGCAGAGGAGUGAUGCAUAGGGUGUGGGAUGUAUUGACUUUAUAGGAAUUCAAGCGUGUGGAGUAGUAAUGCAGGUGUAAUAAAAAUGUCUGUUUGUUUAUUUGGAAAGAAAGAAGGUUAUGUAAGAUAGGGUUUUAUUGAAUGGAUAGUGGACUAUCUAAUUAGGGAUCAAUAGUUGUUGAAAAUGUGGCACUCCUCAAAAUUUGGAAGUUCUACAACUUGAAGACAACACCCAGGGGUGGGGGGGAUGUUAGGGUUUGCGUUUGGGUUUGGCAUUAAUUACUGAUUUUACUCUUAUAACAUGUGAUGGUUACGUUUACAUAUAAUUUGUGAGGGAGUGCCCCUGGGUAAUACCAGUAGCCAACUACCUUCUACUCCUCUCUUCAAAUGUGCCUCUAAAUUUGUAUUUUGUCAUGACUCAUGCAUUAAUAGAUUUGAUGGAGUUUAAACAAAAAAGUUUUGAUGAAGUUUUCUGUGUUUGAUGAUGCCUUAGAUUAUGUUUUAUAAUUCUGGAAGUAGGAUAUCAUAUAUUUGGUUGAUAAAGCGGAUGACUAGUCUUAUUUAGAAAAUUGUUCUAAAUGAAAUUCAGUAUUUGUACAUCUUCACAACAAAUAAAAUAGUUGGUCAAUAAUAGGGAAUAGGGAUGGGGUCAGUAAUGGCUAAAAUAAUGGAAAAUAGCUGAAAUCCUUGGCUGUAUGAUAAGAUAAUGUGUUUUUCUUAGUGUAAAAGAAGAAGAUGGUGAUGAUUACAACCAGAGAAUGAGACUCACUGAAAUGAGUAAAUAGGACAGCUGUGGGUACUAUAGUUAUAGUGAAGGAUCUAGAUAUCUACUGGAUUAGAUUUAAAAAGAAAAGAUAUGACUUCACUUGCUGAGUUUGCUUAGCUAACCUUCCCUGUUUAACAUUCAUGUGGACUUAGUUACCAGAAUAUAUGCCAUUUGAUUUGACCUUUUUUUCUUUGAGUUUUUGCUAUGUAAUCGGAACUAAUGUAACUGGAUUCUUGCCAGCAAGGUUUGCAAAUCUGAUCCUAGGUGUCUACUUUCUGGCUAUACAUAUGCUUUUUACAUCGUCUUUGGAUAGGGUGAAAUCUGUUUGAAGAGCUAUGCAGAAGGAUACCACUACCAUUGCCCCAUCAACAAGUGGGCGUAUGAGGCACCGAAAACGCUCAAAUGAGGUUAUUCUGGAAGAUAGCAAAGCAAAUGGAAGCCAGUUACUUGUUAAUGACCAAAGCAAAUACAAGUCUAUGUUAAUUCGUGCAUAUUCAUCCAUUUGGAUGAUUGGCGGCUUUGCGUUGGUCAUCUAUUUGGGUCACCUCUAUAUUACAGCAUUGGUUGUUGUUAUCCAAAUCUUCAUGGCAAGAGAGCUUUUCGUUCUACUCAGGAGAUCACAUGAAGAUAGGCAGCUUCCAGGAUUUAGGCUAUUAAAUUGGCAUUUUUUCUUCACUGCAAUGUUAUUUGUUUAUGGACGAAUUCUGAGUCAACGCCUGGUUAACACAGUAACUUCAGACAUGGUUUUGUAUCGGCUAGUGAGCAGUCUUAUAAAGUAUCAUAUGGUUAUCUGCUACUCUCUGUACAUUGCAGGAUUUAUGUGGUUUAUACUCACAUUGAAGAAGAAGAUGUACAAGUACCAGUUUGGCCAGUAUGCUUGGACACAUAUGAUUCUGAUUGUUGUAUUUACACAGUCCUCCUUCACUGUUGCAAGCAUUUUUGAAGGGAUUUUCUGGUUUCUUCUUCCAGUAACACUUAUUGUCAUUAAUGACAUUGCUGCUUAUUUCUUUGGUUUCUUCUUUGGAAGAACCCCUUUGAUUAAGUUAUCUCCGAAGAAAACUUGGGAGGGUUUUAUUGGGGCAUCCGUUACAACCAUCAUCUCUGCAUUUAUGCUCGCUGACGUCAUGGGUCAUUCUCAGUGGCUAACAUGUCCAAGGAAGGAUUUGUCAACUGGUUGGCUUCAUUGUGAUCCUGGUCCACUGUUUAAGCCAGAAUCUUACUCCUUAUUAGGAUGGGUUCCUCACUGGUUUCCUUGGAAAGAGAUGUCUAUCCUACCGGUACAAUGGCAUGCUUUAUGUCUUGGUUUGUUUGCUUCAAUUAUUGCACCUUUCGGAGGCUUCUUUGCUAGUGGUUUCAAAAGGGCUUUUAAAAUAAAGGAUUUUGGUGAUAGUAUUCCAGGACACGGUGGAAUUACCGACAGAAUGGACUGCCAGAUGGUUAUGGCUGUCUUUGCGUAUAUAUAUCAUCAGUCAUUCAUUGUAACUCAAAGUUUCUCAGUUGAUACGAUUUUGGACCAGAUAUUGAUGAACCUAACAUUCGAUGAACAACAAGCUCUAUAUAGGAGGCUUGGGGAGAUGUUGCAACAGGGGAUUCAAAGGCAGUCUUAGAUCCAUGCAAGGUGUAUUCGUCCUCUAACCUUCAAUUGUAUGCCUUCACUUGCAAAGGGAAGGGAAAAGAUACUUUGUACAUUGUGUGUUCUAUCUUUUGAGUGAAACGAAUCAAAGGUUCAGGAAGCUGUCAAGAUGUGUAUAGUGUAUCUUGACCGUUAAUAUUUCAUUCGCAGUUUAUCUUGUACUUGUUCUUAAAUACUUUAUUGAUGAUGGCUUUGCUUGAACAGUCAUCGCCCACUCAUGACCUUUAGAAUAUUCACAUGGUCAAUAGCAGGAAAUGAACGCAUGUGUUUUAUUCAAUU